AGGAAAGUGAGGAACAGUUCAGCAGUGCUGCUGAGGAGACAGAAUUAUUAGGGACAAGUGUGAGGACACAGAGCCAGGGAAGCAGCAUGUCAGUGUAACAAACACUGGCUGUAGCACACCAGAGGUUUUGGUUGUAAUCACAGAUGUGAAUGAUUGUGCCCCCGAAUUUCAUCAGUCUAUUUACAGCAAAGUCGGUGUUCCUGAAACAGUUCCUAUGACAACUGCGCUUCUGCAAGUGACAGCCACUGACUGUGAUUCUGGAGAGAAUGCCCAGUUGCUGUAUUACACUCUGAGUCAAGACUUUGGCAUCACUUCUCAUGGCACCAUUUUCCCAGCAACACGGCUGGACUACGAGAGACCCAACCACCUUUAUGAGUUCAUCGUUAUGGCUGUAGAUCAAGGGCAAGAGCCAAAGACUGGGACAGCAACUGUCAGGAUCCACAUCUCAAAUGUGAAUGAUGAAGCACCCGAGUUUUCCCAGGCAAUCUACAGGAGUUUUGUUUCUGAAGAUGCAGGCUCAAACACCCUGAUUGCUACAGUUAAUGCUGUCGACCCUGAUGGAGAUGGUGUGACAUACGAGAUCCUGUCUGGGAAUGAGAAGGGAAACUUUGUUAUUGACCCUAAGAAAGGGCUAGUUAGACUUCGUUCGAGCCCGUUUCCUAAGCUGCAGGGGACAGAGUAUGUACUUAAUAUCACAGCUACUGAUGAUAAUGCCUCUGGAGGACCCCACCCCCUUACAAGUACUGCCCAGGUUGUUGUGAAAAUUGAUGAUGUCAACAAUAACAAACCUGUCUUUCAGAAGUGCCAGUAUUAUCGGGAACAUGCUUCUGUCUUGGAAAACCAACCUUCAGGGACAGUUGUACUGCAGGUUGAAGCCACUGAUGCUGAUGAAGGAGCCAAUGGUAUAGUGAAAUAUGGCUUGAUGCACAGAGAUGGUGUCCUACCAGCAUUUACUAUUCAUCCUGACACAGGAGUUCUGACAACUGUUCAGGUAUUUGAUCGAGAAAAGCAGAGGGAAUAUCCCAUCACUGUGACAGCAACAGAUCAGGCAGCGGAACCACUCAUUGGAAUAUGUCAGAUAAAUGUUGUCAUCCUGGACCAAAAUGACAAUGACCCCAGAUUUGAAAACACCCACUAUGAAUAUUUCUUACGAGAGGACACAAGGGUUGGGACCAGCUUCCUGCGUGUUGCGGCCCGGGAUGAUGACUACAGCUCAAAUGCUGCCAUCACAUAUUCCAUAGCCAACGAAGAACCAAAUUACUUUCAGAUUAAUCCUGCUACAGGCUGGGUGUUUGUGAACCAACCCAUAUCUCAGAGAUCAUCUAUAAUUCGAGAGGUUAUUGCUACAGAUGGAGGUAAUAGGAGCACUAAAGUUGAACUUGCUGUAACUGUUACCAGUGCAAAAAACCAGCCUCCACAGUGGGAAAGAGACAGCUAUGAAGUUGUUAUUCCAGAGAAUAUUACACGAGAUGCCUCAGUUUUGACAAUCAAAGCAACUUCUCCCCUUGGCGAUCCCCGUGUGACUUACAACCUGGAAGAGGGACUCGUUCCGGAGACCAACAUGCCUGUUCGCUUCUACCUGACUCCAAACAGACACGAUGGUUCUGCUUCAAUCCUGGUAGCUGAGCCCCUGGACUAUGAAACAACAAAGAGCUUUCUGCUGAGGGUUCGAGCACAGAACGUUGCUGCAGUUCCUCUGGCAGCGUUUGCCACGGUCUACAUUAAUGUCACAGAUGUCAAUGACAAUGUCCCAUUCUUCACUUCAUCCAUCUAUGAAGCCUCAGUAAUGGAGGGAGCUGAUGUUGGGACGUUUGUCAUUCAAGUGUCUGCCACCGACCUCGACCUUGGUCAGAAUGGGGAGAUAACUUACUCCCUGUUACAUGACAGUGGCAGAGACUACGCCCAUUUCCGCUUGGACUCCCAGACAGGCUCAAUAUACACGGCCUCGGUGUUUGACAGAGAGAAGAAGGGCUCCUACCUUCUGGAAGUCAAGUCAGUGGAUGGCUCUGAAUCAGCCCGACCUGGAAAACAUGGGAAGCCAAACUCUGACACGGCCUAUGUGCGUGUUUCCAUCAGUGAUGUGAAUGACAACGAGCCUGUCUUUGCUCAGAGUGUCUAUGAGGUAAAUGUGGAUGAAGACCAGGAUGUGGGCUCCACUGUUGUCACAGUCAGUGCUAACGAUGAAGAUGAAGGAACAAAUGCUAAAUUACGGUAUCAGAUCACAGCUGGAAACACGGGAGGAGUCCUUGAUGUCGAUCCAGAAACAGGAGCCAUUUUUAUUGCCCAACCACUGGACUAUGAAGAAACAAAAAUGUAUGAGAUUCACUUGUUGGCCUCUGAUGGGAAAUGGGAAGAUUAUGCAGUUAUCAUCAUCAGUGUCAUGAAUAAAAAUGAUGAGGCUCCAGUUUUCUCUAUCAAUGAAUACUAUGGAAGUAUAAUUGAGGAAAUGGAUGCGUUACCAGUCUUUGUACUUCAGGUCAUGGCAAGUGAUCCUGACAGUGAUGUGGAUGAAGGAGACUUGAGAUACUCAUUGCAUGGGUAUGGUGCAGCUGAUAUUUUCACAAUAGAUGAGAAAACAGGCAGCAUUUACUCACACAAGACACUGGACAGGGAGGAGAGAGCGCUGUGGAGAUUUAUUGUGUUGGCUACUGAUGAAGGUGGAGGAGGACUCACAGGGUUUGCUGAUGUGAUUAUCAACGUGUGGGAUAUAAAUGACAAUGCACCCACGUUCAUGUGCAUGCCCGAUGACUGCAAUGGGAAUGUGUUUGAGAAUUCUCCUGUGGACACUUUAGUCAUGGAAAUGGGUGCAGUUGAUCGUGAUGAUCCAAAUGUAGGUCUUAAUGCUGUCCUGACUUACAGGAUAACGGAGAAUGUGAAAAAUGAGUUUGGUACUGACAUGUUUAAUAUCAAUCCCAGUACCGGUACAAUCCACGUUGCAGGGGGAAUGCUAGACAGAGAAAGGACUGAAAAUUACUUUCUUACUGUGGAAGCAAGAGAUGGGGGAGGGUUAACAGGAACUGGCACUGCCACUGUCUGGGUUGCAGACAUCAAUGAUAAUGUACCUGUGUUCACAAAAAAGAUGUGGCAGGCAGCAAUUCCUGAGAACAGAGCCAUCGACUCAGAGGUUUUGCAGGUGUGUGCUACAGAUGCAGACAUUGGGGAAAAUGCAGACUUAACAUUCAGUAUCAUUGGGGGAGACCCAGAUCAGAAGUUUUACAUUGAGAAUGACAAAGAAUGGCAGUGUGGCACAAUCCGACUGAAAAAAAAAUUGGAUUUUGAGAACGCACGUGAAAGAAAGUUUAAUCUUACUGUUACAGUGGAAGAUAUGGAUUUUUCCAGCGUUGCAGUGUGCCUGAUUGAGGUUGAAGACUCCAAUGACCACAGCCCAGCUUUCCUUUCUCAGUCUAUUCAAACAAACCCUUUAUUUGAAAACAUACCUGCAGGUACCACAGUGACCACAGUGAGAGCUACAGACAAGGAUUCUGAUUUGAAUGGGAAGAUUGUCUAUUCUAUAAAGUCAGAUUCAGAUCCUAUGAGGCAGUUUGUGGUUGACCAGUAUGGUCACGUGGUUGUGGCAAAGACCCUGGACCGUGAAGUCGUUGAUAAAUACAGUUUAAUUGUACAGGCUGCAGACCAAGGGACGCCUGCCCGCACUGGGAGCGUUACAGUUUUGAUUAACUUGCUUGAUAUUAAUGACAAUGGGCCAAGGUUUGAGGCACCAUACAUGCCUGUAGUUUGGGAGAACAGGCUGAGGCCUGAAAUAGUUUACAUGAACCGCACAUCAAAGCUGCUUCACGCGUUUGAUCCGGACAGUGAGGAAAACGGGCCGCCCUUCACGUUUUCAUUGCCACCAGAUUAUCAGAACUCUUUGGAUUUUUCUCUUACUGACAACGGGAAUAGCACAGCAACUGUAACUGCUUUGAGGUCCUUUGACAGAGAAAAGCAGAAGGUGUUUCAUCUGCCGGUAGUUAUCACAGAUAGUGGGAUUCCACCCAUGAGCUCUACAAACACCCUGACGAUAACGGUUGGUGAUGAAAACGACAACUGCCACGAGUCCGGCCAUAAGGAAGUCUAUGUGUACAGUUACAAAGGAAAAUGGUCAACAACAGUGCUUGGGGAAGUGUUUGCACCAGAUCAAGAUGACUGGGACAAUAAAACAUUUCUCUCUGAAGGAAAACUGCUCAAUUCUUUCAGAUUAAAUCAGAGGACCGGGUCUUUGCUGAUGGUGGAUAACACUCCUCAGGGAAUAUACAACUUAAAGGUUAGAGUUUCUGAUGGAGUUUGUCCUGAUGUUAUAUCUACAGUACAAAUCCAUGUCAAAGAGCUGGAAAAUGAAGCCAUACAAAACUCAGCCACUGUGCGUCUGUCAGAUAUGACAGCAGAGGAGUUCAUCAGGAGAGAUGAACGCGGCAGAACGAGACACGGAGAGUUCAAGGAGUUACUUGCAAAAAUGUUGCCUGCUAAGCUGAGUGAUGUCAUUGUCUUCAGUGUGAUGAACAGGGGUGGAAAACAGACAGAUGUCAGAUUUGCAGUCCGUGGUGGCUCAGCGUAUUACAGACCUGAGAAACUGCAUGCUGAGGUGGCAGCAUUUAAAAAUGAGAUCCAGUCAGCUUUGCAGCUGAACAUCUCCCAGGUCGAUGUGGACGAAUGCAGGAGUGCAAACUGCAGCGAGGGCUGUACAAACCACCUCAGGGUGGGCGACAUUCCCACCGUGAUGGACACUGGGAGCGUGUCCUUUGUCUCUCUCACAGCCACCAUCCAGGCAAUCUGCGGCUGCUCCGCCCGGGAGCGGCUCCACCAGCCCUGCUCCUCCUACCCUCGGAGCCCCUGUCUCAACGGGGGCAUCUGCACUGACACCCUGAACGGGUACAGAUGUCUUUGUCCUGCUUCCUUUCAUGGACCAGAGUGCCAGCAGACUAAGCACAGUUUCCAUGGAAAUGGAUAUGCAUGGUUUCGUCCCAUCAGACCUUGUUUUGAAAGCUCACUGUCUCUGGAGUUUAUAACAGUGGUUCCAGAUGGACUUUUACUAUAUAGUGGUCCUUUAGCAAAUCCAGAACCUGGGAGUACAGAAAACUUCAUUGCAAUAGAACUCUCCAGUGGUAUUCCUGUGCUGAAGAUGAGCCAUGGCUCAGGCUUUGUGGUGCUGCAGUUUCCAAGCCAUUUGAAUGUAGCAGACAAGAAGUGGCAUCGGCUGGAAGUCAGAACCAAUGGUCAGGAUGUUCGGUUCACUCUGGACCAGUGCAGUGCAGCUGUUGUCUCGGAGAUAGAAGGGGUUGGCAGGUGGUUGUCCACUGAGGAUCGUACAAACUGUGAAGUGUUCGGGUCUGUCCCACGAAGAGCAAGGUAUUUGAAUGUGAACCAUGUUCUGCAGCUGGGUGGUGUAAAAGAAUCGUUGCCCUAUUCCUACCCACAACUGCAACACAAACAUUUCUCUGGUUGCUUACGCAAUUUCAUACUGGAUACUCAGGUGUAUGACCUUCAGUCUCCUGCAGAGUCCCUGAAUAGCUUCCCUGGCUGCACACUCACGGAUGAGAGCUGUGAGACCAUGGGCUCCUCUUCCUGCGGCAUUCACGGGAGGUGUCUUGGUGACUGGGGCUCGUUCGCGUGUCACUGCCUGCCGGGUUACCACGGUUAUCGGUGUGACAAAGCUGCCCAAGAAUACACCUUUGAGCCAGGGGCUCACGUUCGGUACCAGCUCCCGGUGAGCGUCUCUGCCCGCAGGACGCUGUUCCAGGCCAUGGUCCGGACUCGGCAGCCCGACAGUGUCAUCACCAGCAUGUUGUCUCGGAGGAAGGACGAGCACAUCACCCUGCAGCUUGUCCAGGGACUCUUAGUGGUCUCAUACAACCUGGGUGAUGGAGACUAUUCUGUAAGCCUUCCCUCCUACCACAUUGAUAAUGGUGAAUGGCAUCAUAUCACACUGGAGAGAAAUGAAAAUGAAUUUACUCUUCGCCUUUAUGAAGGAGGUGGGAAGAGAGAGAUUAUGAAAGCAGAAGGGGUAUACAAAGAGAUUGUGAUUGACCCCAGCAGCUUGGUCCUUGGAAACACCUAUCCAUUCAAUCAAAACAGGAGUUUUCAAGGAUGUAUGAAGGAUGUCAGAUUUAACAACUACAGAAUCCCUCUGGACACUCAGGGGAAGGAGCUGGUGUCAGUAUUGAGUGCCCAAGGUGUCAGAGAAGGCUGUUCUUCGGAGGCCUGUAGGAAUAACCCUUGUAACCAGGAAUUUAUUUGUAUUGAUUUGUGGAUGAUGCAUGAAUGCAGCUGCCCCCGGGGGCACAUGGUGGUGGAGAACGCGUCAGGCCGGCAGUGCGUGCGCACGGCGUGUGCGGAGCGGCCCUGCCACUCCGGCACCUGCACCGCGCGCUCGCCGGCAGAGUUCCAGUGCCACUGCCCCGACGGGUACACCGGGCGCCACUGCGAGGUCACCCUGGCCAUCUUCCACAAGGACACGGGCCUCAGCUUCAGCUCCCUCUUCGCCAUCUGCAUCUGCUUCCUGGCGCUCUUAGCUCUGCUCAGUGCUGGAUUCCUGUGGGCUCACUGGAACACACGCAAGGGGCUGCACGGAGGUGUCUACCACGGAUCUGCACAUCCCGAGGAUCUGGAGGACAUCAGAGAAAACAUCCUCAACUACAACGAAGAAGGGGGUGGGGAGCAAGACGAAGACGCCUACAACAUGGCAGAGCUGCAGGUGUCCCUCCAGGCCAGCCCAGCCUAUUCCCUCUGCAGGAGGAAAGAAACCCGAAUCCAGCGGAAAGGUGUCCUCGGCGCCGCGUCCCCCAGCUCGCAGGGCCAGCCCCGAGCAGCAGCCACUGCAGGAGCCGCUUUUCAAACCAGCACAGACUUUGGUCAGUACCUGUCAGGAGUGCUCAGAGAAGCCGACUGGCACAGCCAGGCCCUGCCCCAGGACUCGCUCCGGGUGUUCUGCACGGAGGGAGCCGGAUCGGGAGCCGGCAGCCUGAGCUCCCUGAGCUCCGCGGGGCUGGAGGAAGGAACAGUCUAUGAUGACAUCAAAGAGUGGGGACCAAAGUUUGAGAAGCUGAGUGAACUGUACUCACAGAGAGAUGCAGGAGACCAGUAGAUCACAAGUCUCCUAUUUUCAGUUUUGGAAGCAAGGGUGAUGUUUUUCAUGCUGUUGCUCUGUACUACCCCUACCCUCCUUUUGACUUGUUACAACAGGGAUUCAGAUUCUCUCAAGAGCCUCACUUGGCAGCCAGUUCAAAAGUGUGAAGGACCUAAUCUUGGGACACUUUGAACAUUUAUGCUUUUUUGAUGUAAACUUACUGGGAAGAAUAAAGGAGGAGUUGGGGUACUUAAUCAUUCACAUACAGUGGUAUAGAAUUUUUUUCUGUCACUGAAGCACCACAGGACUCAGAGAUGCCAGCAUACAAUGCCUGAGGUGUGCUCAGAGCCCGAGGGAAGUGUGCUGAGUGUGCUUCAGUCGGUGCUUUGGCAGUUAUUUGAAGAAAAAACCACCUUGUCUUUUUGUUGUGCAGAUCAGGUUGUGUUGUAUCCCUCUUGUUUCUCGGAGUGAGCCCAGUGACAGCUCCCGCUCACUGAACAUCCUGCAGGUGAGUCCACGGAUCCAGGUAAAGGAGUGGACAGAUGGAUGGUGGUUUGAACUUCAGUUAUAACGUUGUGAAAUUUCUUUAUCCUGUCAUACAAAUACAGAAGCUGCAUUUAGGCACAACACAUCCAGCCAGCUGCCUACAACUAAAUACUUUUCCUAAGGAAAAGGCCAGGUGGGAAUUUCAGUAGCAAACACUGCAGUUCACCAUGAUCUCUCAGUACUAAUAGGCUACUGAACUGAGCCUGAACUAAAGAGCAGCGUGAACUGUGCAUUAUGCAUCUGCAAUCAUGUCCCUCACGUUUUUCUAAACCUCCUUUGACAGAAGCAUUGCAAGGAUUAGGUUUGAGAGGCUGACACUGCCUGUUGUAUAGAAACACUGACCAGCUACAGUUGUAGCCAAGUAAUGCUGUGCCAGGAGGAGCUGACUGGGGACACAGAUGCAUUUCUGGUGAAGAAAAAAAUCUGCAUCCCUUGGAACUGUCCUGUCUUUAGGAUGUCAGAAGAAUGAAGGUCUGUCCUGUAUCCAAAAAGAACUUCACACAGCACUGGGACUUCUGAAAAAUAAAGUCCUGUGAUAAACAAAAGUCUGGGACCAGAGAAACACAGGUAAAAACUAACAGCAGUAGCAGGGGAUGGAAUAUUAUGCUCUGAAUUACCAGUCCCUUUUUCAGACCAUUUAAUGUCCAGCUACUAUGCUAGAUUUUUCUUAAACUUGACAAUACUGGGCAGAGAGAAGAUACCAGAAAUUAAUUUUGAUUUUUUUUUUCAAGACCACUCGUACAGCUAAAUGGAGUACAGUGCAGCAAGAUCAAAAUCUUAAGCUGUGCUGUUUAUGUAUUAUAUGUGAAUUCUGUUAUAAUAUGUAAACUAUAUAUAAUAUGUACAUUAUAUAUUAUCAGAUGAUAAUAUGGAUAUAUCCUGGAUUCUAAUAAUUCUAAUAAUGUUUCAUUGAAACAAAUCAUGAAACAAUGUAUUGCAAAAGAUAUUAAAGCUGCUUUGCUCACAGUUGCAUCAGUAGUGUGUUUUGGGAGGCUUUGUUUUUAUUUUUAUACUGUAUUGAAAACCAUAAACAGGUGAAUGCUGUCUGCAGGCUGCCUUAACUUGCACGUUUCCCAAGAGAGACAUGUUCACACAGUACCUUGUUCUCUUGUGCAUUUGUGACACACUGGAAAAUCCUGAGCACACCAUUAACCACUGGUUACACACUGCACAGGGUGGGCAUUUUCGUCUGGAAGAGCUAAAUCCCAGUUUUACCUGUGCCCAGUGGUUCCAGUUCACAGCAGGUACAGAGCCUUCGAUUUUGUAAUUUUACUGACACGUUUG